AUGAAAUAACAUGCCAAUAACUAUUUUGUCAAGAAAAUGGCCAAACCAAUUUCAUAAGUAAGUACAAAUUCGGCAGUUACAAGAUCAAAUGAAUUGAAGCCAACUUCCUAUUUAACCUUUACCAGAAGUAAACAUCGAAGAAAGAAUGAGACAACUAUAAAAUUGCCUGAGUUGCAGCCCAGUUCUGCUCGUGCUAAAACUGAAUAGGAUUAAAUAGCCUAAAAUGAAUUCAAAAAAUCAAUAGUCAUUAUUAGUAGAAAGCCAAGUGCUACAUUAAUUUCUCAAAGAAUAAAAACAUCGCCCUCCAUCCAACUUUGGGAACCAGAGUAUGUAAUAAAACCACUAGCCGAGGAAGUCUAAGUAUUAACUCCAAAAUUCUAUGAUGUUCUUUGCGAAGAGUUGGUAUUAAGUUAAAAGUAGUCCAAAAUCAAGGAGAAAAACCAUAUAUUUUGUAAGACCAAAUUAAAUGAAUAUGACAAGUUUUAAGAUAAAAGCUCUAGGAUGAUCAGAAAGAUUAUUCAACUACUUAAAACUCAUAGAGAAAGAAACGAGGAAAGAGAAUUGAAAAGCAAAACUAUGAUUGAAACUUAAAUGGCCAAAUCUAACAUUUUUUUCCAUGCUCAAACAUAUUAUUUACCGGAAUAACCUCAUUUUAAUCAGAGAGAACUCCUCUUUCAAUAAUAAUUGUCAGUCAUACCAAAAAGACAUACAAAAUAUAGUUCAUAAUUAACAUUAACUCAUUAAGCUGAAUCAUUUAAACCAAUGAAAAGUUUAAUUGAAGAAAUCAAAGAAAAAUAAUAAGAUCCCAUUAAGUAAGCAUCAAUUUGUCUUGUAUCUCCUAAUUGUCAAUAAAAUAACCAGAAAAAAAUUAAGUUAGUAAUAGAGUGCGCAGAAGAAUAGAAAUAUAAAUAGUUUGAAUUUUUUGCCCCUGAAUAUAUGGAAUAGGAUUAAUUAGUUUCAGUUUAAUUAAUCAAUAAUGUAGUAGAAUCUAAAGAUACAAAAUAAUCAAAUAUCUACUCUUUAGUCUCUAAAAAUAUGUUUAGCAAAAAAAUGAAUUAAAUUUAGAAUCUUAAUGGGUCAACAUUAGAUGAGUUUAACUCUGAUAAAGCAACCUAAUUCACAAGAUACUAUUUGUAAAAUUAUGUGUUAAAAUGCAUAAAUUAAAAGAAAAUAAAAGACAAAAAAGAUUCAAAACCUUCAUUGAACAUACUGAAAUAAGAUACGAAACUAGAACCAUAAAUCUUUGUUUCGAAAUUCCCUCUGGAUUGCUCUAUUAUUAAAGACUUUUAAACCACUUAGUUUGUUGAAAUUCAUUCUGAGAUUUACAGAUGUAUUGAGCCAUUUGAUUCAUAAGAUUCUAGUAUGAUUUCUGACAAUAGUUUCCUCAAUGAUAAAAGCAAUAUUGAUUUUUCAACAGAUUAGGGAUAUAAACUAAAACUACUACUUACAUCAAAUUUAAUUGAUCCUCGUGUAAUCUAAGAAAACUUAAUCAAAUUUGUUAUAUCAACGAUUUCUGAUGAAUCUAAAAAUGUUUUACUUCAUCAAGAAAUAAUGGCUUUUGCAAAUUAAGUUGAAUAAGUCAUUCAUAUAGAUUAUGAUUUGCCACAUCAACCACAUUUGGAAGCUUUAAAUCGACUCUUCCUUAGAAUUAAUAAAAACGAUAGAAAAAAAUUUCUGAAAUCUUUUUUAAAGAAAUUUGAUCUUAUUAGUAUUGGAUAUUUUGAAGAUUGCUUUAAGCAUCAACUCAAAAAUUAGGAGAGAAAAUUUGUUAAAUUGUGUUAUCAAUAAUAAAGUAAUAGUUUAACUGACAAUACUUCCCUAAAAUAUUCCAAUAUGCUAAAAUCUAGACAUCAUAGAGAAACUACAGUGGAAACUAUUCCCAUAUAACAGACAAACUUGAUGAUAUUAUCUCUACCUCCUGCUCCUGUCAAAAGUAGAUCAGAAUCUCCUUCAAAUCUUAGCGACUCUAGAACAUAGAAAAACAGUCGUUAAAAUUAAUAAGUUCUCAUUAAAAACAUUUUUAAAAAACAGUCAUAAAGAUUUUUGCAAGUAUAAACAUCUUCAAAGUUUUAAUUACAGUAAUAAACUCCUCAAGUAUAAAAACUCUCAAUCGUUAAAGAAAAAGAAUAAUAAAAUAUCAAUAAAUAGAAUUAGAAAAUAAGUUUGAAUUCAAUUUAAAAUAAUCUGAAAUAUUUAUCAAUGGACCCAUAAUCAUUACUAUUAAGAAAUAUGAUGAUUUAGAAAACAAAGAAUGAUGAUAAAACUUUAUAUGAAAGAAUAUUUCUGAUGGUUUGUGAACAUCGACUUUAGGAUUUAAAAGAAAUUCUUAAGUUAGAAACAUCAAUUGAUUUAAAUUUCUAAAAUGAUGAUGGUGACACAAUGCUAAUUUCAGCAUCUCAAUGUGGAGCUGCCUCAAUUGUAGAAUUUUUAAUAAAAAAUGGUGCUGAUGUUUCAAUUCAAAAUUAUAAUGGAUAAACAGCCAUGGAUGUAGCAUUAAAAAACUAUCAAUUCUAAACUGCAGAUAUCAUAUUUAAGUAUCUUUAUCCAGAUAAUAAAAAUUUAUGA